AAGGUUGAAACUUGAAAGACAAGUUGGAGAAGCGAGUUGUUGAGAAAAAGAUACCUUGCCUUGGUUGUGAGUGUACGGAGUAGAGUGAGUGUUUGGUUGUUUUGUUUUGAUAUAUCGUUCCGUUCCACACUCACUCCCUGUAACACACGCACGCACGCACGCGACCUUUCACUGAAACAUCGUUCAUUCUACGUUCACAAAAUCAAAAUCCAAAUGAGUCGCAAUCCAGAGGUUCUUUGGGCGCAGCGCUCUGACAAGGUUUAUCUGACAGUAGCUCUACCUGAUGCAAAGGAUAUUUCUGUCAAGUGUGAGCCCCAGGGAAAAUUUAGUUUCUCUGCUCGAGGGGUGCAAGGUGAAUCCUUUGACUUAAGUUUGGAACUUUAUGGAGCAAUAGUACCUGAGGGUUGUAAAACUAAAGUUGGGUUGAGGAACAUUCUGUGUUCAAUCCAGAAAGAGCAAAAGGGUUGGUGGAAAAGAUUGUUAAAGUCAGAAGAAAAACCUGCACCGUACAUUAAGGUUGAUUGGAACAAAUGGUGUGAUGAGGACGAGGAAGAGUCUUCUUCUGAUCUGGCCUAUAUUAGCAGGUAUAAAAAAUCCCUAGUUUGCCUAAUCUUUUUGACAUAUGAUGCAGAUAUGCUACAUGUCUGAUGUCUCGAACAAAUUGGAUCAGAAUCAAUUUGGUAUUGCCAUGUGGCAUGGGGAUGUAGUAUGAUAUGGAUUACCCUGUUCAGAAUGUGGAGAUUUGGUAGAUUGUGAUGAUCAUCAUGGCAAAGGAUGACAGGGUAAAAUAAGGGUUAUUCAGGUAGUCCCUUUGUCUCAUUUUGCUGGUCCUGCAAGCAUGACCUUUUAAACAAAAUGGGAUGGAGGGAGUAUGUAUUUGGUUGAUGUUGACUACUCCGUUUAUGACUAGUCAUUUUAGAGCAUAGUAGAUGCAGUUAGCACAUCCUUGGAUCCUAAUGUAUUUAAUAAAAUCUAUAGAAAAGGUAAAAAAGAAAGGUUAAAAUAUGAUUUUGGUUCCCAUAUUAGGUGUUGGUACCCGUGCAGCCUAGUAGAGAUGUGACUUUAAUGCUUUUUAAAAAUAAGUUAUAUAGAUAGCUAUUUGGAGGUUUGUGCCGCACUAUUUGAUGUGGUGUAUUGGCUGGAAUGGAAUGCUAGAAGUUCUGAGAGCUGUGAAUGGUUUAUUCUCAGGAUUAAGUCUUUUUUC